UAACUGAUUUUUUAUCUGAAAGUUGGGUUAGCUUGCCUGCCUACUCCAUUAAAGGACAACAUAUUAAGCUUUUAAAAGUAAAACACAAGGCUCUAGUCAGGUCAAGUCUAUUUUCUCCUUCUCUUAAUAAAUCCUCUGUGUCCCUAAAGAGAAGAACAAAGGAAAGAAUUGGUGGGUUACAAGUACUCUGUAUCAAAUGGAGGGUGAAUCUGAUUCCUACGAGGGAGUGAAAUCCAAAGCUGGAGAGCAAGAAGUGAAAAAAGAGGUAGAGGACGCACCUAACAAUGAGAACAUGGGAUCUUGCAAAGAAAGGGCUCAUCUUCUGACAAACAGCACCGGGCCUAUAUCUGGACCAAAUGCUAUUGCUACCUCAGAUCAGCUCACGAUAUUCUAUGGUGGAAGUGUUCUUGUAUUUGAUGCAAUUCCUGCUGAAAAGGCUCGUGAAAUUAUGCUUAUUGCCGCUGCUGCCGCAGCUGCUGUUAAACCUGCUGAUAUGAAGAAGGUUGUGCCUGGCUCUCCAGCUUGUGGUACACCAGUUCUUACAAGGUCUCCUUCCCUCCAAAGUGCUACAAAUGCUUUGCCUUCUCCUCAAGCCCAGCUUGGCUCGUCCCUUUGCAAAUUGCAAGCUGAAUUACCAAUUGCAAGGAGACAUUCUCUUCAGCGAUUUUUUGAGAAGCGACGAGACAGGUUGUGCAGCAAAAACCCAUAUCCCACUCCCGCACCAAAAAAGGCUGAAGCCACAAAACCUGAUUUCAGUGCUGAAGUUUCACCUGAUGCAGACUGCUAUGGCAAACCUCUUGCACUGGAGAAAGAAAUUCAACCAAAGGUUGCUGCCAACCUUGUUUGACAUGCACAAAAAGCUUCUGAUGUAUUAGUGAAAACCUUAUGUUAACUUAUAUUGUUAGCCUGUAUUGUUCUAGCAAAUUGCAUAGUACGUUCAGGUGAUGUUUCGACUUGCUCUCAGACUGAAUGAGGUUAAUGGUACAAUUUCUCAUUGAAACCAAUGGGGAUUUGUUCACAUGAUUGCCUCUUUAGUCCAAAGCAAUUGCAAUCUCAUACUGAACCAUUGCUUUUAGGACAGCUACUUGUGUUACUAUAAGUAGCCAUGAACAGUUGACGAAAUGGUGUCCGUGUAUGUUGUCCUCUUGUUGGUCUAAAGUGUAGUGUUGGUUACUGGAGACCUGCAUUUUAUACAUUCUAUGUCUUUGUUGAAAAUUUGAAAUUGGUUAUUUCUCA